AUGAGCGAGGACCUGGAGCAUCGCCCAACGAAACGACAGCGCUUCUUCGUGGAUAGCUCUGAUUCCCCGCAAGACUCCGCGGGGAUCGUGGACGCGUCUCUACCUCGCCAUUGCCCCGGGCUGGGCGACCGCGAGACAGAGCAAGAUGCACAGUACAACGUUCCGGAGACCCCGCCAGCUAAGCGUGUAGCUACUCCUGGUACACUGGGAAGCCCCCUUAAUCCGCCGACAUCGUCAAAAGCGCGUCGGCACUGCACAGCAGACGAUUCAGUGAUCACCUCCCCUCUCCAAAAUGGAACGAUCCAGCCGGUCACCCACGAAGCGAUCGUGCAUCCGACCACACAGCCUUCGUCACCGAACGGGUUCGAUGUGGACCUAUUUACCAGCAUUAUUGGAGAAACCUUGCCUGCCGACUCGCUGCAACUCAUCCAGUCCGCCUCGUCUAACAACGUGGAGCGAGCAGUCAACAUAUUUUUUGACGGGUCAUGGAAGAAACCUGCGAAAGCGACCAUCGGCAGAAUGCCGACGACCAUACGGCAGACCCUCCCAUUAACAUCGAAACCGAGCCGAACAUCUUCUUCCACCGCUUCAAUAUCCAAUAUCGAUGGCACCCCACUCGAGCAUGAAUCCGUCAUGCGAAAGCAACCAGCUACACGAUACAUAGGAGCUUUUGGUGUAGGAGGAUGGGCAACAAGAAGUGGACUGGCCCUCCUCAAGCAUGGGGAUUCAGUGAGGAUUGAACGUGCGCGGUCUCAGCCGGUUGCAAAACGUGGUCGCGGAGGCAAACUCUUUGUGAACAACAAGGGAGAUAUCCUGACGCGAUUCACAAAUGCUUCUGGGCAGGAGAUUGGGCGGCUGCCGCAUGAGACGGCUGAGUGGGUCUCAACCCUGAUUGAUCAAAAGAUGUGUCAGUUCGAGGGAGUCUGUGUAUUUAUCCCGGACAGGGUGCGGGUGAACGAUACCAUCUAUUUGCAACUGAGAUGCUUCUUGCGCAAGGAAGCGUUCCAGCGCGGUCCCUUUGUUGGGACUGGGGAUGACAACCGAUCGACAGGCCUGUUUGAGGAGAAGGAGAGUACCGAAGAAAAGAGUCUUCGGCUCCGACAAGUAGCUCUUGUGAAAUUGUUUCAUGAAAUCAAUCUCCAGCCGACAUCGAUCAAUCCCACCACGGAAAAACAUAAGCGAGAUGGCUUACUCCGCGCGGCUGAGAUGGCCGAACAAUACGACGGCGUCAAGAAGGAGAAAGAAAAAGGAAAAUCCAGCAAAGACCCCAAUGACUCUUCCUCCGAAGAUGAUACCGCAGAACUGGAAGACGAUCAGCUCGACACCCUAUACCGGAAGGCCCAGUCCUUCGAUUUCAACAUGCCAGAAGCUGAGCCUGCGCCAACAUUUAGAUUGGACCUCCGCAAGUACCAGAAGCAGGCUUUACAUUGGAUGUUGUCGAAAGAGAAGGACAAGAAAGACACUCGAGAGCGAUCAAUGCAUCCAUUGUGGGAAGAAUAUAGCUGGCCCACCAAGGAUGUCGAUGACCAAGACUUACCCUCUGUUGAGGGCAUAGAUCACUUCUAUGUCAAUCCUUACUCCGGUGACUUGAGUGUGGACUUCCCUGCUCAGGAGCAACGCUGCCUUGGUGGUGUUCUGGCUGAUGAAAUGGGACUUGGAAAGACCAUCGAGAUGCUCAGCCUGAUUCACUCCCACAAGGUUGAGCCUCAUCCUGACGUUUCGAAUGGCAUCAAUUCUGUGAACGACCUAGCGAGGGUCCCUGCUUCAUCGACCGGGGUGGUUUCCGCGCCUUAUACAACACUCGUGGUCGCGCCGACCUCUCUGCUGUCUCAAUGGGAGAGUGAGGCGUUGAAAGCCUCAGAACCAGGCACAAUGAGGGUUCUGAUGUAUUACGGAGCAGACAAAGCUGUCAACCUUCGGGACAUCUGCUGCGAGGCCAAAUAUGCCACCGCACCUCAUGUCAUUGUCACCAGCUACGGAGUUGUGCUCUCGGAAUUCCGCCAGCUUGCAGCCCAGUCUUUAAUUGCGCCUGCUGCACAAGGUGGUCUCUUUUCUGUUGAGUUCUUUCGUAUCAUUCUGGACGAGGCCCACAUGAUCAAAAACCGUCGGUCAAAAUCGGCCCGAGCCUGUUAUGAGCUUCAGGCUCCGCAUCGUUGGGUUCUCACGGGCACGCCCAUUGUCAAUCGCCUGGAGGAUCUCUUCAGUCUUGUACGCUUCCUCAAGGUGGAGCCGUGGAGCAAUUUCUCUUUCUGGAAAACGUUUAUUACCGUUCCUUUCGAGAACAAGGAGUUUGUCCGCGCCCUUAAUGUAGUCCAAAGUGUCUUGGAGCCCCUUGUCCUUCGACGGACCAAGACAAUGAAGACCCCAGAAGGCGAGCCAUUGGUCCCACUGCCCAAGCGUACCGUCACCAUUGAGGAAGUUGAGCUCUCCGAGCAGGAACGUGAGAUCUACGACUGUAUCUACACCCGGGCCAAGAGAACUUACAACGACAAUGUCGAAGCUGGCACCCUUCUCCAGUCAUACUCCACCAUCUUUGCUCAGAUCCUUCGCCUCCGUCAGACUUGCUGUCAUCCAAUUCUCACGCGCAACAAGGAUAUUGUUGCGGAUGAAGAAACAGUUGCGGCAGCUCUUGAUGCAACCAAUAAUCUCAAGGAUGAUAUGGAUCUGCAGGAAUUGAUCACCCAAUUUACCGCAUCUACAGAGAACCCCGAAUCUGAAGACCGGUCUGUCAAGUUCACAGCCCACGCCCUGCGGCAGAUUCAAACAGACUCUAGUGGAGAAUGUCCGAUCUGCUGCGAGGAGCCGAUUAUCGAGCCCGCGGUGACAGCAUGCUGGCAUAGUGCAUGCAAGAAGUGUCUCGAGGAUUUUGUGCGGCAUCAGAUGAACAAAGGCGUACAAGCUCGCUGCUUCUCCUGUCGGGCAGAUGUAGACGCGAAAGAUAUUUUUGAAGUCGUGAAGCAUCCACUUUCCCACUCCGCCACAGCCAUGGACGAAUUCACCGCUUGCGACCCUGCGCUCUCUAGCUCACAGCCUGCGCCUCGCAUCUCCCUCCGCCGAAUCAACCCUCUUUCACCUUCGGCCCAUACAUCAGCUAAGAUCCAUGCGCUGAUCAACCACCUCUCCCGCAUUCCACCGAACACAAAAUCCGUUGUCUUCUCCCAAUUUACCUCAUUCCUCGAUCUCAUCGGUCCUCAGCUGUCCAGGGUUGGUAUUUCCCACCUUCGUCUCGACGGGUCAAUGCCCCAGAAAGCUCGCGCUGCCGUUCUGUCUGAAUUCACCAAGACCGAGGAGUAUACAGAUGAGAUCAUCGACACCGAGGACGAAACUCCGUUCCGGGGCCGUCCUUCCGCUGCAAAGCGCUCCCAGUCCGAAGCCCCACCGACAGUGCUCCUCAUCUCCCUUCGUGCCGGUGGCGUCGGCCUCAAUCUCACAUGCGCCAGUAAUGUCUUCGUCAUGGAUCCCUGGUGGAGUUUCGCCGUCGAGGCACAAGCCAUUGACCGCGUCCACCGCAUGGGCCAGCUGCGCGAUGUCUCCGUGACGCGCUUUGUAGUCAAGGAUUCGAUAGAGGGCCGGAUGCUUCGUGUGCAAGAGCGCAAGAUGAAUAUUGCGGGGUCGCUUGGCCUGCGUGUCGGUGGUGACGAUGGCGAGGAUGAUAAGAAGAAGGAUCGCAUUGCGGAGCUGAAGCUGUUGUUCGAGUAG